GUCACGGCGCAGCUGUCAGAGCAGAGCUAAGCUAGCUGCUGCUGGUCCGGUGUUCUGUCACCGGCUGGAGGUAAAAGGCGAACGAUGGCGGCCGUGGCCCCCCAGGACGACCUGCUGAAGAUGACACACAGAGAGAACUGGAGGAUGCAGCAUGAGCGUCUGCACGUGAAGCACCGGGGGCACGAGGCCAUGCACGCAGAGAUGGUGCUGAUCCUCAUCGCCACGCUGGUGGUGGCUCAGAUCGUCCUGGUGCAGUGGAAGCAGCGACACCACCGGUCGUACAAUCUGGUCACUCUGGUCCAGAUGUGGGUGGUCCCUCUGUACUUCACCAUCAAACUGUACUGGUGGAGGUUUCUGUCCAUGUGGGGCAUGUUCUCCGUCAUCACCAGCUACGUCAUCUUCAGAGCCACUCGCAAGCCUCUGUCCUGCCGGACGCCCAGGAUGGUGUACAAGUGGUUCCUGCUGAUCUACAAGCUGAGUUACGCCGUGGGCGUCCUGGGCUACCUGGCCAUCAUGUUCACCAUGUUUGGCUUCAACGUCUUCCUCAGGAUCAAGGCAGAGGACUCCAUGGACGUAGGUGUGAUCAUGCUGUUUUAUGGUCUUUACUACGGCGUCAUGGGCAGAGACUUUGCUGAAAUCUGUUCUGACUACAUGGCUUCUACGAUCGGGUACUAUAACAAGGGCGGCAUGCCCAGCAGGAGUCUGACCAACGACAUCUGUGCCGUGUGUGGUCAGAGGAUCCUGGUGGACGUGGAGGAGGAAGGAUUCAUAGAAGACACCUACCAGCUCUCCUGUGGACACAUAUUCCACGAGUUCUGCAUCCGCGGCUGGUGCAUCGUGGGUAAGAAGCAGACGUGCCCGUACUGCAACGAGAAGGUUGACCUGAAGAGGAUGAUGAACAACCCCUGGGAGAAGACACACGUCCUCUACGGACAGCUGCUCGACUGGCUCAGGUACCUGGUCGCCUGGCAACCCAUCAUCAUCGGUAUCGUUCAUGGGAUCAACUUCUCACUGGGCCUUGAAUAGAGCCCCGAGGAACGCCGCCGCCCGUACGUCUGGAGUCGAGUAAAGUGGCAGGAAACCGUUAAAGUCGGCGCCGUGGGGAAGUAACGGAGGCUGCUUCUUCUUCUUCAGUCCGUGUGCUUUGACUGAACGCUUGCACAGUUGCCUGCAGAACCGUCCCAGGUGGUCUGAGUCUCUGUGUGCAGAGGACACUGUGGACUGCUGCCAACCUGAAGCAAAACGUUUCAGCACAGAUCCAGUGUUUUAAACCAAACCUUUGUGUAGUCUGGAGCUGGAGGAGACGCUGCUCUCGUGCAUGUUGUCUCUGCUUUAUGUUUUACCGUGUCUGAAAAAUGUCUUUUUAUUUUCACUCCUCGCUGCUGGUCCCACUGACUCCACGGACCAGACUCCAUCUGGAUUUGGAAGGCUUGGUGAUCACAGUGAUCAUGGUGAUCACCGUGCUGUGGUUCACAUGCAACCUGUUUACAUUUCAUGGAGCUUUAUUAUUAAAGUUUUCUUUGGAAUGUC